AUGACGUCAUGGCGUCAGAAGAUCAUUGGUCCGUCUGAUGAUUGGCUGACGAACGUUUCUACACGAUAUAAGGGCUUUACAUGCUCAUUCUGUAGCAAAGUGUUACCGGGGAAACGUGACUUUGCAUCUCACAUACUUGGCUGCACAGGUGGUUGGCCGGCCACAACUUUACCCCGUUUUAAGCUAUUUGAUACUCAAUGCUCAUUCUGUCGUAAGGUCUUCCCAGGAAAAGCUUCCCUCGAAUCUUACCUGAGAAUCCACACUGGUGAAAAACCAUUCAAUUGUUCAUUCUGUGGGAGGAGUUUUCGCCGCAAUGAUCAUGUGGAGUUACAUGGAAGGAUUCAUACAGGAGAGAAACCAUAUGAAUGUCAGAUUUGUGGGAAGGCAUUUUCUGAUCCUUCAGCUGCCCGAAAGCAUACAAAAUUGAAAUUCUAUGUUACCUUAUUUACAUAUCAUCUCAAUUCUAUUUUUCAGGUUUCUGGUUCUUUGGAUAUUUGGCCUGCGAUUUCAACUCAUAUAAAGGUCUGCCCGUUCUGUAAAAAACCCUUUUGCGGGAAAAGUGCACUAGAAAUUCAUCUCAGGACCCACACUGGUGAAAAACCAUUCAAGUGCUCCUUCUGUGGGAAGGCCUUUAGCCGUAAACAACACGUAACGCUUCAUGAGAGGAUCCAUACAGGAGAAAAGCCUUAUAAGUGUGACAUUUGUGGGAAGGCUUUUACUGAUAGCUCUAAUAAGAGGGCCCACUUGGCAAAAUGUUUGCAGCAGAGUUUGUUUACCAACAGGAGUGCGUUUUAUGAGUUGAAGUUAAUGAUGCCCCUCUCUUUCUACUUUCAGAUAUUUGAUCCCGGCUCGAUCAGUCACAGUUCCCCAAUAGCUUUACCACGAAAUGCUGUCGCGUGUCCCAUUUGUACCAAGCUCUUCAUGAAUAAGAAGGCAUUGGAGGGUCAUUACCGCACACACACCGGUGAUAAACCAUUCACCUGCUCAUACUGUGGAAAAGGCUUCUCUUGGAAAAAUCAUUGGAAAACGCACGAGAGGAUUCAUACUGGAGAAAAGCCUUACAAAUGUCAGAUUUGUGGCAGAAGUUUUGCUGAUAGCUCAGCGUUUCGGAGGCACAAGCUGAUGCACAUGAAGCUAACGUAGCUAUGUUGGCCAAUC